AUGUCCAACCUCACUCACGCAAAGAUCGUUCCCCGAAGGUCUGCUGAACGCGGCCAUGCCGACCACGGUUGGCUCAAGACAGCACACACCUUUAGCUUCGCAUCAUACUACGAUCCUCGGAACGAGCAAUUCGGAGCUCUCAGAGUGCUGAACGAAGACCGGGUUGCCCCCAACCAGGGCUUCCCUACGCACCCCCAUAGAGAUGCAGAAAUCUUCAGCUAUGUCCUAUCGGGAGAGCUGACCCAUAGAGACUCCAUGCAAGCGAAAGGGGCCGAAUCUGAUAACAGCAAGCAAUUCUACCGAAUGCGACGCUCCGAUGUCCAGUUCACCACCGGCGGUACGGGUAUCGCACACAGCGAGCAGAACGAGCACAACUCCUCCUGGGUCCAUUUCCUCCAGAUCUGGGCCAUGCCUUGGAAGCGGGGCCUCCCUCCCAACUAUCACACCAUGACCUUCCCCGAGGAAGCCAAGCGUAUGGCCUUUGUGCCCAUCAUAACGCCUCUGAAGGCGGGUCCGAAAGCCACCAAGGAAGAUGAGCAGGCUGCUAUCCCUGUCUUGGAGGGUACAAUUCCAAUUCACGCUGAUCUGAUCUUCUCUGCUGGCAUCGUCGAGCCUGGGAAGACAUUUGACUACAAGAUUGGCGGCGAGAACUACAUCACCAACAAGACCGACCGCAAGACUUACGUCCACCUACCAGCGACACAAAAUGGAAAGGCCAAGAUCAAGCUGGCCGGAGAGACGGUUUUGAAUGAGGGAGACGGCGCCUACAUCAGCAAGGUCAAUGCCGGUGAUAUCCUAACCGUGGAAAGCGUGGGAGAGGCUGACGCUGAGCUCGUCGUCAUCGACUCAAAUUAA